AAGCUCAAGCAUUCUUGCCCUUAUCGAUAAGGGCUUUUUAGGUCCUGAAUCGGAAACGCCAGCAACUGACACGAGCAUCUCCGUAUCGAUACCAUCCCCUGCCGCAAACAAUUCUAGGUUGACGCCAGGGAAUAAAAAGGUCGCUUUCGAAAUGGGGAAAUCAAACCUUGACCUCAUCAAGGAAUGCGACAAUUUCCCCUACUACGAUGAGGACCCCGCGUACUACAAAGCUCACCUGAAGACUUACCAUGCUUUCAAAGUAUCCGGCUGUGAUGCAGUUCUUGGAUACAUCCCUAACGAUGUUGUCGAAAAUUUCUACUUCCCUGAACACUGCUGGAGUGUCGACUCCACGGCUCAGACAGUCACACUUGUGACUGCUCCUGAUGCGACGCCCGCGCAGCGCAGCGAACUAGUGGCUCAAACACUUGCAGAGGUGGUAAAGAGAGACACCUUCAAACUACUACACGGCUGGCGCAAUGAGAUGUAUGCUGUCUAUGGCCCUAAGGGAGAAUUCCUGUUGGAAAUGGAGCGCUCUGCAUCUCCGCUUUUUGGUAUUGUCACGUACGGUAUACACAUGACUGGCUACGUGGAGGAUGAGCAGGGAAUUCGGAUAUGGGUUCCCAGACGCUCUAGAACAAAGCAGACUUACCCGUCAAUGCUCGAUAAUACUGUCGCAGGAGGGAUAAGCACUGGAGAAAAGCCAUCUGAGUGCGCUAUUCGGGAAGCCAUGGAGGAAGCAUCUCUCCCAGAGGAUGUCGUGAAGAAAGGCGCAACACCGGUAGGUUGCGUGACAUACUUCUACGUCCGAGAUCAAAGGGCGGGUGGAGAGACAGGCCUGCUACAGCCGGAGGUCGAGUACAUCUACGAUCUCAAACUCGAUGCCAGUAUUCAACCGAAACCUUGCGAUACCGAAGUCGAGAGUUUCAGCUUAUGGAGUUUGGACGAGGUCAAACAGGCACUGAGAAACGGAGAAUUCAAGCCAAACUGUGCAGUUGUUCUCAUUGAUUUCUUCAUCCGACACGGCAUCCUUACACCGGAGAACGAGCCUGAUUAUAUGGAGAUCAUGGCGCGACUGCAUCGUCGCUUAGAGUUCCCAACAGUCUCACAUUUCACU